CUCUCCGCUUGCGCAACAAAGUCAAGAUCUACUCUGACCUUCUAACACCAUGUUUCAAUCACAGAGUAUGAAAGAACACGAUUUUUGUGUUCAAAUGUUGUCAUUGCCUUGAUCGCUCACACGAUUCAAUGAGAAGAUCUGAUUGAAGAGGAUGCAUACUUUUUCCCCGUGCUAGCCAUCGUAGUGUCUGUCUUCCCGUUGGUAUUGAUGCAGCUAGAUUCGCAGUCUCCCAGUACAACUGUCGAUUCAGUUUUUCUACAACCCAGAGUUCGUCACAUCUGAGAAAUCUAUGACCUUUUGCUUUCCCAUCGCGCCAUCUUUGCUGAGAACUUGAUUUCAGUGCAAGAGAAUUCAUGCCCAGCACGUUCAUGUGACACUGCGAAGGGAAGACCAGUUUUCUUCGGGAGAGCCGGGCUUUCGGAUUGAAGAGAGGGCCUCCUGUACGCGUUGAAGGAGAGAGCAGGAGAGAAAGGAAGGGGCAGGUGCGUCCAUCGUCUGUCACGCUGCUGCACUUGCGACACGACUUGUGGAAUGGACUCCGCACGAGAGGAACCGGAGCUUCCCUCCGCCAUCCAGGACCUUCUACAGCGUCUGGAAGGACAAGGCAGGCCUAUAACGGAGCUUCCCGUUUUACUCGGGCCAGAAUUUCGGGAGUUCUUUCCUUGGGAGCGUGCAUCACUUUCGACAAUCACAGGGUGGCGAAGCCAAGUGCGCCUUCGAGUGCUGGAGGCAAUCGGCAACUGCAACACCUUUGAGAGUCUGAAAGUGGGAGACAUUUGUGGGGGAGAUAUAUCGAGGUUGACGGCAAGCGAGUGGGAGAUCGUUUUCAGAGGUUUCAGGUCAAGCACCGCUCUACGAUCGAUAAGAGUUGGAGUUGAAGAAAGAGGCUUGAAAUGGAGUUCAGACGCGGAAGUGGAGAGCUGGUGUUUAGAGCUGGGGAGAAUUCUGAAUUCUUCUAGCGUUACAAUUUUAAAAGUGCACGAGAGCAGAUUGAGUGCCAGAUGUUGGUCGAAUCUCGCCUCAGGACUGCGAGGACAUUCCGAUUCUAAACUCCAGUCUUUGAUUGUAUGGGAGGCGUGGGAGGACGAGAGUGCGGUGAAGCAUGUGGCUGAGAUGAUCAACAGUGCUCCUCUAUUAGAAACGUUGGACUUAGAUCAUUGGGAGUACAUGAACAUGAAGGACGAGACCGUUGGAAUCCUGUCCCAGGCGUUGAUCCAGAGCUCGUCGUUGAAGGUAUUGGUCCUGAGAGGCCAGGUGAAGUGGGGAGGGCCCUUGUUGCUGAAAGCAUUGGCCGGAGACGAUCGCAACCGAUCCAUUGAACGUCUUGAACUAGCGUUUAUGGAUGGAAUCGGAGACUGUUUAGGGAAAAUUCUUAUUUCCAACCCAUCAAUGAAGAAAGUGGAGUUGCCCAACUUGCAGAUGAGUUCUGAGGAAUGGCACCAGCUCGGCGAAGUCAUACGUGACAAUGCUAUAGCCACAACUAUAUAUGUUAGCUUUUAUGGUGAUGACGACUGGAAGUCAAUAGAAGCUCUUGCUGGUUCUGCUAGCUCCGAUGUCAAUGACCCCACGCUGGAGCUUAAGAAAUAUACUGAGAGGGAAGAUGACCUGAUGUUAUCAUUAAACCUACUAGGUAGGGUACUGCGCGGGGAAAUCAAAUCGGUAAAAUCUCUGGAAAUAGAAACGCCAAGAUCUGGCGGAAGUAUCAGUUUCAGUAUCCUCCCGAUGAAUGGCAAAACUGGAGAAACCUCAGUCCAGAAGAGACUGAGAUUAUCUGUUCGAAGCGAAGAUCUUUCGAAGGGAGUAUGGGAGGAGCUGCUUCGGUGCAUGCGAGGGAACCACCUCACUCACUUGGAUUUGUCUGGCUCCGCAUUCGACGAGGAGGCGUUCAAGGACGUGAUUGGAGUACUAGGUAGGGUACUGCGCGGGGAAAUCAAAUCGGUAAAAUCUCUGGAAAUAGAAACGCCAAGUUCUGGCGGAAGUAUCAGUUUCAGUAUCCUCCCGAUGAAUGGCAAAACUGGAGAAACCUCAGUCCAGAAGAGACUGAAAAUAUCUGUUCGAAGCCAAGAUCUUUCGAAGGGAGAAUGGGAGGAGCUGCUUCGGUGCAUGCGAGAGAACCACCUCACUCACUUGGAUUUGUCUGACUCCGAACUCGACGAGGAGGCGUUCAGGGACGUGAUGGGAGUACUGGAGAGCCAAGUGAACUUGGGUCUCCAGGAAAUCGACGUCUCACGAACAUCGUGGGCAAGGGACGGAAAGACGGCGCAGAUUCAACAGGCCCUGCAGCAUAACAAGGAGCGGGCCGGCUACAUGUCCGUGUUCCGAGAAGCCAACUUAACAUUCGGAGAUGCAAAAGCUGGCCGACUCUUCUUAUGCGGCUCUCCUCGAGCAGGCAAGACUCAAUUGCGUAAAACCUUGAUGAGGAUAAAUCAAGGCAAAAGCUGGCUAGGCAAUAAAUUGGAGUCAUUGUUUAGAACCAAAGGCAUUGAGGUGGAGUUUUUGGUAAACAAUGACAAUAUGCAAAUCUCAGUUUGGGAUCUUGCAGGACAAUGGAUUUUCCGUACCCUUCAAACUGUACUCUUCCCUCAAACCUACAAUUUUUGUGUUUUUCUUUUUGUGUAUAGCCCUUUAUGUGAAGAAACAUCUUCAAUCAAACCAGAAUCUUGUUUCAGAACUGAGUUGGAAGAGUGGUUGAGUUUUAUCACAUCUAGCACCAAGGUCACGGGGCGUGAUCUUCCCCAAGUUAUUGUUGUGAUUUCUCACAAGGAUAAAGCCAAAUCUAGCUCUUUGAGAUGGGCUCACACCAUAGUGGAAGAAUUGACUAAAAGAUUCACAAAAUUUGUGGAUCUUCGACCUAUUCAAGAGUGUUUCUAUGUGGAUGCUAGAAAGAAGAAGCAAGUUAGCUCUCUUAACAGACACAUUUUUGAGAAUUUCCACAAGUUGUUGAAAGAGAAAUCUCCACAGGUUCCCGAUUUGUGUUUACAACUCACCUCUCUCUUGGUUACAGAAACCAAGAAGAACGAAAGUUUUCCUUUGUGGCCAACCAAAAAGUUUUAUGAUUUCUGUGCUCCACACUUAACAAGCUUUGUUCCAUCAUUUUCUAUUCAUUCUGAUAAUCAUUCCAGGAUAAUAAAAUCUAUUAUAUCCUAUUUGAAUGAUGUUGGAUCCAUCAUUCACAUCUCCAACCUUGAUUACAUCAUUGUCAAUCCCAACUGGCUCACCAAUACCUUUUUAGGUGAGUUGAUAGCUCUGGGUCAACACUUUCAAGCUCAAGAGUCUGAGUCUUCUAAUAGAACAAGCUCUUACGCAAGCAAGAGCGGAUUUGUGAGCGAGAUUGUUUUUGCUAGACUGAUAGAGAAGUUUCUAGGAAAGCAAUCACGCUUUCAAAAUGUGGACAGAAAAGUGCUUGAAAACAUCCUUAUCAAUUUAGAUUUGUGUUUCAAGCUGGAAAAUACUUCUGAGUAUUUCAUUCCUUCUUUCAUUCCUGAGCAUGCAAGCAAGGAGAAACAGAAUGAUCUAGAAGGGGCGCAUGUGAUGAAGUGGGAAAAUCGGAGUGAGAUUUUGCAGUUCGUCGGCAUUCGGAUUGAAUGCCAAGAUUGGAUAACAAUGUCACUAACAGCUGCUUUUUUUCCACGCUUCCAGAUGUUCAUGAGACGCAAGUUGAUAUCCGAGAUGGGUGUUUCCGAGGAGAAUGUGACCUGCUGUCGACAUUAUCUACGACUUUUCCUUGACGGGCAUCGGAUAUAUAUCGAGCACGUUCAGAGUGAAAAGUCCGACAAAUUUGUAGAUGUUCUGAUGUUAUGCUCGAGUAAGAAGUCAAAGGAGGCAGCUAUUACAUAUGUGAGGAAGCAUAUCGUCCAGGAAUUGAUAUCAUUUUGCGCAUCACCAAAAGGCUGUCCAGGGGUGGCGUUAGUGCUUAGUGUGAUCCAAACAUGUUGCGUGGAGAUGCUGAUUCCAAGUCAUAUCAGAGGAGCCAUUUUGAUCGAGAAGUUGAAAUCGGACUUCAUUCGUAACAUCAAUGACAAACUUGAGGAAAUGCCCUUGGAAAGGUUGCACUUGAUGGAGAAGGAAGAGUUGUUGCACAUGAUGGAGAAGGAAGAGUUGUUCCACUAUGAGCAGUGUUGGCCUCGGAUUGAAAGUUACACCGGCGAAAUAUCUGAACUAGCAACGGAUUUGUUGUGGAAGAGCGAUGUGGAUGCAGUUGUGAAUGAGAUUUGCCAGAAUCAAAUUCAACAAUUGGAGUCAUUGCAGAAAGCUAUAGAUGGAGUGGACAAUGAUUUGGCUCAGUGUUAUCCUGAAGCUGAAAACAUGGUUAGCGACUCGAAUCUCCCACAAAUGAAAGACCUCAAACCACUCACAUCCAGGUCCUUGAGUCGGGCCAGCACAAGUGUGGAAAGUCCUUCGACCCGAUUUGUUGUGUCCAAGAUAAAGGAGCUAGAAGAAAAGAUAGUACAAAAGCUUGAUGGUUUGGAUGAGAGGUUAAGAUCAAUGCAGAGCUCAAUGGGACAGAUACUCUCUGUGCAACAAGAGCUGCAGUCAACGUUGAUUGUCUUCAUCUCUAAGGUGGACAGGAUCAUUGGCUAUUCGCCAACGUUUCAGCAGAGGAAAACGCCCAAACGACCUUAUUUUACGGACGAUGUGGGACGUUUCCAUAGGUUGAAUGCAGUUUUCCAUGUCGGAACAACCGUUCGAUUACACUUGAUGUGUGAGUCGGUCACUGGGUUUCACACUGUCAAAGAGCAAGAAGGAUUGAAGUUACGAUUGGAUUGGGAAAAUUGGGGGUGGAUUCGGAAAACUAUUGAAAUUUCAUACAAAGUCAUAUAUUAUGCUGCAAAGGCUGCACUAACUAAGUUCUGCGAGUUGGGCGAUGCGAUUCCGGCUUGGGCAGAUUUGGAAUCAGAUAUUGUUAAACUAGAUGUUAGCAGUGAAGAUCGCAAGGCAGUUUUAACAGGUGGGGAUAGCCAGGAGCUGCAACAAGCAUGGUUGAGGAUUAAGCAAAUUCUUGCGCCUGAGCUUCAAAAUCGCUAUUCCAAAAUCUUCAAGUUGUAUCAGGUGAAGUACGUGAGUUUAGAAAAAGGUGGGUAUGCAUGGGUAUGCGAGAAGUGCAUGAAUAAAGGCCUUCGUAGUGGAAGUUUGACAGUGGAAGUUUGACAUAUUAGGAUUUAGAAGAGGUUAGAAUGCCACUAUGCAAUUGGCAAGCAUAUGUUUAGACCCUCAUGCAAUAUACAACUCUGCAAAUUCUUCUUUGCAGCUUUCACAAGG